AUGGAAGACGAAGAAUUUAAUUUUGAUGCUUUUACGACUCACGCCUGUGAAUUCAACUCGAAAUGUAUCAAUUUGCUUCAAGCAUUGAAGCAGCCUUCAGCGACCACCAGUAACAGCCUUGAAACCUUUCCAAGAGAAAAACUUGAUUUACAACUUUCCCAGCUCACCCAAGUUUCAAAAAAGCUGCGUUAUCGUUUAAAAGGUCCAAUAAUAGACAACAGUUUUAAUGACCCGUUAAUUGAAGUUUUCAAAUUUUUAACGCGCAAACAACUUUUUAAUUCUGUUCAAUUAACUAAUAAACAUUUUUAUAAUGUUGUGAAGGGAAAUGAAGAAAUUUGGCCAAAAUAUAAAUUUGGACGUUUUGCAAUUGUAGGUCUUUUUGUUAAGUUGUAA